AUGUUCUCAAGAAAUGAGGUGUUUGUGUUACUCAGCCUAUUAUCGGCAAUACAGGCAGUAUCUUUGAAGAAUGUGACCAAGAAUGAAACGCUGAAAUCCUUGAGGAAAUUUCCAGAUGAUUUCUUCUUUGGAACUGCUACCUCGUCUUACCAAAUAGAAGGCGCGUGGAAUGAAGGAGGAAAAGGCUGGUCGAUGUGGGAUCAUUUAGUACGCACUGAUCCUGGUCACAUCAGGGAUGGAACGAACGGCGACGUUGCUGCUAAUUCCUACCAUUUCUACGAGAAAGAUAUCGCCAUUCUCAAAGAGUUAGGAGUCAGUGUCUAUAGAUUUUCCGUAUCGUGGCCUAGAAUACUGCCUUUCGGUCGCGCAGACUAUGUUAACCCAGAAGGAAUUGCAUAUUACAACAAAUUAAUCGAUCUUUUGCUUGCUAACAAUAUCACGCCAUUUUUAACCAUGUACCAUUGGGAAUUGCCCCAAAAUUUGAAUGAACAAGGCGGUUGGUUAACUGAAGAUAUUAUGUACUGGUUCGGCGACUAUUCCCGAGUUUUGUACCAACAUUUCGGAGACAGAGUGAAGCUUUGGCUUACUAUCAACGAGCCUUCUGUCCAUUGCAAUCUAGGCUAUGGAAGUGGGAAUCACGCGCCCAGAAUUCGAUCUCCUGGUAUCAAGUACUAUGAAUGUGGUCGAAAUAUACUUCUCGCUCAUGCGCGAGCGUACCACAUUUACAAUAAUGAAUUCAGACAUCAGGGUGGAAGGGUUGGUUUAGCUUUGGACUCAGAAAUGAGUAUGCCGAGCAGCUCUUCACCGGACGACAUCCAAGCAGCUGAAGACUAUUUGCAUUUCUUUAUCUUGUAA